AUGACUAAACUCUGCAAGGUUUACGCCAGCCGUAAGAGGGCGUUGCUGCUGCUGUUCGCGCUGGUGGUGACGCUCAUGGUAACCAUGGUGACGAAUCAGACGUGGCGGUCGUUCGCCGUGUCUACCUUGGGCCUAGCUCGUCAUGGAACCCAGAACGAAAGCAAGUUCUACGGUACAGAACAUCCUCAUGAGGUCGUCAGGAACCUCACAUUUGUCCUACCGCACUCCGGUCACCUGUUGGGAACUCCUUACCCAUUUUCAAAGUCAGCUGUCCUUCAGGAGCGUUUCUAUGGCAACCACAGACGUCACCAUGGCAACCGCACUGCUUACAACAUCCUCUGCCACCACAUACGCUUUCACUACGACAACAUCCGGGACCUCAUGCCAAACGAUACGGUGUACGUUACCAUAGUGAGGAACCCGGUAGACAUGUUUGAGUCGGCGUUUCAGUACUACGGAUUCGGUACGAAGUACAACAUCUCCCAGCCGGACGCCUUAAAGACAUUUCUAGACAAUCCUUCGAGCUACGUCAAGAAGUUCGGGGAGAGACGCCAUUCCCACAAUGCCCUGUUCUAUGACCUUGGGUACGACAACGGGAACCUGACGUCAGAGCAGACGAUAAAAUCCACCAUUCGCCAUCUUGACCGGAUAUUUUCCGUUGUCAUGGUAGCGGAUCACUUUGAAGAAUCCCUCAUUUUACUGAGACAUGCUCUGUGCUGGGACCUCGAUGACGUCACGUUUUUCAAAAUCAACUCCAGGAACGAAAAGUCGGAAGAUGUGCCGGUAGAAGGUGCAGAGACUGGCUACUUUCCUCCUGUGGUCCAAGGGGAAGAUGCCGGCAUUCUGUGGGUCGACCCUAAUCUGAAGUUGACGAAGAGCUUUGCUCUGAAGUCUAUCUAG